AUGUCUAAUGAAGAUCCAAACAUCACUAUACGACCGGAUUUCACUUUAAUUGAGCACCACGAAGCACGACAGCAGCUAGUAAAUGAAGGACUCACAGAUGAACAAGCAGCCUGUUCAUUAACGGCACUAUGGACUGUGAGGAACAACGCAGACAAAAUGCAUGAAGAGGAAGAAGAGGAACAACAGCAGCAGACCCUCAAAGAUGAAGAGGAGGCAGCACGCCAAGAAGAGCGCAAGAAGAACAAGGCUAAAUAUGUGCCCCUCAUCAGAGCCAAAGUUCCCUCCGACCUCACCAUAAUCCCUGCGCAGUACACGACAAGGAGAUUGAAAGCUGGAGAGUAUUGUGAGCUCCACUACUUCACCAAUAGGGGACUGAACGACGCCAAAACCUCAGCACUGAUUGUGGAGCUGGACACGCUAGUAAUGUUGCCAUCCAACGACAGAGUCCACUCCUGGGUACCGGCAGCAGUGGUCAAAGACCCCAGAGCAGCACCAGUAGUCAAGAACGAGCAACUCACAUGGGAGGAUUUCAAUGAGGCGGCACCGAGAAUGAUCAUGUUGAUGAGAAUCCAUGACUGGCCCAAUGACAGGGUCCAGAUGCAUGUCCAAUUCUGGACUGUGCUCCAAGAGCAUCACUGGCGUCACACCCCGGAUCCGCUUAAACAAAGAGCGCUCCUACUAUACCAGUCGCAGCAGAGGCGCAGAUGGCACCUCACAGUGGGGACAGCGCACAGCUGGAGCCUGGAAGAGAUCAAUCAAGAUCUACUUCUAGAAGUUAGGGAAGACUUAUUCAAUGAACACCAUCAAGGUCAGUGA